AUGGCGCAGCCGCCCUGCACUUCCUCGCCGGAUGGAGAAUUUCAGUCCACCGAAGGCUCCGUCGGGCAUAUUCGAACCCAACAGGGCGAAACUAACUACGUUGGAGCCGAGCAUUGGGCUGCCAUCGCGGGUGAUGAAAUCAGACGGCCAACGCUACAGCAACCCCAGAAUGACAGGUCGCCUGACCUGUUGAUGGGAACGCGCAGCGCUGUGACUCUUGAGGAACUUUUGCAUGCUGUGCCACCAAGGACUGUCGUCGAUCGUCUUAUUUCUCGCUACUUUAACACCAUGGACUUCUUUGCAUUGAUCACUCAUGCGCCCACGUUUGAAAAAGAAUAUAAUUGCUUUUGGGACGAUCCAUCCAGUGUCUCACUCAACUGGCUCAGCAUUCUGUACAGUAUGAUGUCUAUUGCCUCAUGUCAUUCGUCUUUUUCCAGUGACCCAAAGGAUGGCACUUCCCAGUCACGCGAAGAUAUCUCUUUCUUCCGCCACAGGAGCGCCCAGUGUCUCGUUCUAUCCGACUAUACCAAGCCAACUGUCAACACAGUUGAAGCGCUACUUCUACACUUCUUUGGUCAACAUAUCGAACGCCAGAAGAACCAAUUCGCAAACUACCUGGUAUUCACGACAGUCGUUCGUGUUGCUAUGAGAGCAGGCUAUCAUCGGGACUCUUUGCAUUUCCAGGGAAUUUCCACCUUCACGGGUGAAUACAGACGGCGCGUAUGGCUUGUGCUUCUCCAGUUUGAUAUUCUCAUGUCUUUCGAAGUGGGACUACCGCGGACGAUCAACGAGGUCGAAACAGAUACCGAGCUUCCUCGUAUUCUGCGCGAUGGUGAUUUGACCCCAGAAAUGAGCCAACUCCCUCCAUCGCGACCUGAAGAUGAUAGCAUUUUGUGUCAUAUGAUCGUGAGAGUGGGCAUAUUAAGAGUCCUAGGCAAAAUCCAAGAUCGUGCUGUAUCCAUCCAUCCACUUUCUUACGACAUCGUCAUCCAAAUCGACCAAUCUCUGGAUGAGCAAUAUGACUCGGUUCCACCUUCCUUGAAAGCUCACCAUGGAUACGCUAUUACGGAAACUCCAACAUCGCUCUUGCAACGCCUGAUGAUUGAUUUGCUUUUCCAAAAGGCCCGUUGCUCAUUACAUCGACGGUUCAUUCAUUCGCAACCUAAAUCGCAUAGAAAAUGUAUUGACGCAUCAUUGAGAACCAUUCAUCACCAGUCAUAUAUUUACCACGAAUGCCGACCCGGCGGAUUCCUGUGGGGGUACAAGUGGAAAGUGAUAUGCGCUGCAUCAUACGACUUUCUUCUCGCGGCCAUUAUAAUCUGUCUUGGGGUCAACCCGCAAAAUAGAUCAGGGCAAAAUGUACCUCCGUGUGUCGAUCCGGAUUCAUAUGGUGGUCCGGGGAAAUUGCUGAAGGCCUUGGAGGAGUCUUAUAUGAUUUGGACUGAGUGGAGCAGCGAAAUACAUGAAGCCCGCGUGGUCUCUGAUAUUGUGAAAUCUGUGCUCAAGAGGGUGAAAGGGCAGCGCACCAUGGUGCCUUUUGAUAACAAUGAUAUGGAGAACUUCUCGCCGUUAUCGACAGAUAUCUUUGCCGAUAUAAUCGAUCUCAAUGGUGGAAUAGAUUGGACUCAAUGGGACAAUCAAAUGCAGCAACAGGGCAUUAAUCCCUAUUUGCAAGCGAAUAGUCAAAUGUGGUUCACCAACUAA